CUUUUAAAGACUCAACUAUACCACGAUUCUAACGGCACCUUUCCUUAAAUCUUCCAAAUUCAAGGGCUAUAUUUAUUUCUGAUCAAGAUAAACAUGUCUGAACAACUUCCUACCUUGCGUUGGGGCAUCAUUGCCACCGGUCUGAUAUCAUCUUGGUUUGUCCAAGAUUUAGUACUUCAACGAAAAGACCCAAAGGCAAAACACAUCAUACAAGCAGUAGGCUCGUCAUCUCUUGACAAGGGGAAAGUUUUCGUCGAGAAGUAUAUUCCAGGCCAAUGUUCAAAUGUCUACGGCAGCUAUGAGGAAGUGUAUGCGAAUGCGGACGUUGAUAUCGUCUACAUCGGAACCCCGCACGCAUUCCACAAGAAGAAUUGCUUGGAUGCAAUCAAUGCCGGAAAGCAUGUGCUUUGCGAGAAGGCAUUUACUCUUAAUGCCAAGGAAGCGAAAGAGGUUUUUGAGGCAGCGAAAGCAAAAGGAGUUUUCGUCAUGGAGGCAAUGUGGACACGCUUCUUUCCCCUUACACGAAAACUGCUGUCUUUGCUACACGAAGAGAAAGCAAUAGGAGAAAUCUACCGUGUAUUCUGCGACUUCGCCCUGAAUCAAAAUAUCUCAUCACUCGGACCAGAAUCUCGAUUGAAGAACCCGGCGCUUGGAGCUGGGACUCUUCUAGAUAUAGGCAUUUACAGUCUCACAUGGGGUCUAUUGGGAUCUGAUGCUGGGAUAGGAGAGACGGCAAGCUCGCUAGACGUCGUGGCGAGGCAGACCUUGGAUAAUGGUGUUGACACUGCGACCUCCGCCAUAUUACUAUACCCUGAUGGAAAACAAGCUAUCGUUACCAGUUCAGCUUCAUUCAAGACAAAGUCGGUAUUCUGUACCAUACAAGGGAGUCAGGGGUAUGUAGAUAUCGAGGGGUUUACUUCGGCGCCCCAGUUUUUCACCGUGUACUCUUCGGACGGAUCGUCAAAGAAAUACGAAUUUGAAAGACCGGGAAGAGGAUUCUAUUGGGAGGCAGAUGCGGUCGCUCUAGAUAUCGCUGCUGGGAAGGUUCAAAGUGAUAUUAUGCCGUGGGCAGAGACUAUACGGGUUCUCGAAAUUCUCGAUGAGAUCAGGAAACAGGGAGGUUCAAAAUUCCCACAAGAUAGCGAUGGAAAUUGAGUGAUGGCAUUUCUAGUUGUAGCAUAAGGAUAGGCUGCUGAAAGAAGGCUAUUAUUGGAAGACUUGUCGGGCUAAUGUAGGUAAUGAUUGUACCAAUCCACUUUUAUAACAAGAGUGCGCUAUAAGUUACAGCGCUUACAGCGAUUGAAGCCCCCGAUAAGCCUUCUACAAGGUUCGCUUUACGCCACUAUUUCUGGGCUAAACUUUUUGACAAGUCCAACUUUUUCGAUGUCUUGAUCAGGACUGACCAGACGAUAUUAGUUUCAGUUAUUUUGGAAGUAGGUACCUAGUAGAUUAAAGUAGAAUAUUUUCUGA